AUGACUUCAAAAAGGACGUUUUUGGUUGGAAUAAGUGGUGCUUCGAGCUCAGGGAAGACGACUGUUGCAAGACUUGUCAAUUCGCUGCUACCAAACUCAGUGUUGAUACAUCAAGACGAUUUCUAUUAUCCAGACGACAAGAUUCCGUAUGACGAGGCUCGUGGUGAGUCCAAUUGGGAUUCUGCGGAUGCCGUGGACUUCCCCAAGCUGAUACAUACUCUAAAGGAGAUCAAGGCCGAUCCGGAAACCGUGUAUCACGUUGAUUCGCUGGAACUAGACGACCACAAAAAGUUCAGUCUGGACGAGAAUUUCGUGGAAGCAAUGAAAACAUUUGUUUCUGAACAGGAAAAGACCAACGGUUUGGACAAUGUCAGAAUCGUGAUUUUGGAUGGGUUUCUGCUAUUCAACAACACGGAAGUUCUUGAUUUAUUGGAUGCAAAGUUUUUUUUCACCGCCAAAUACCAAACACUCAAAGAUCGCAGAGCUGCUCGUCAUGGUUAUAAUACGAUUGCCGGGUUCUGGGUGGAUCCACCAAAUUACUUCGACAACUUUGUGUGGGCGGAGUACUUUCUGAACCACAAGCAUUUGUUUAAGAAAGAUACCGCAGAUUUAGAAACCCAUGUGAAAGAAACAGGAGGAGUAAUAGCAACGAGUGAAAUUCAACAAUUUCAGAAUGAGAACGAUACUAACGUUGAUCAGCUGGUGUCCAGUGUGAUUAAAGCGAUCACGAGAAAGAUUGGAGACAUCACUUUGGACAGUAUAUGA